AGAGCACAGGGCAGGUCCCCGAGCUCAGACCUCUGUCCUCCCAGCUAUUGACAGGGGCUCUGGACUAGCCUGUGACAAGUCACGGAAAAGGGUGGCUGAAAGAUUUGACCUUUCAUUUUGUGUUUGUGUGUGUGUGUGUGUGUGUGUGGGGAUCACCAGUUGGAUAGAGAAUGAGGAAGGUGGAAGUGCUUAUUAGCAAGGUUUCCUUUUUUUUAUUCUUUGCCUCCAGGGUUAUCGCUGGGACUCAGUGCCUGCACUAUGAAUCCACUGCUCCUGGAGGCCAUUUUUUCCCUUUUGUUGCCCUUGUUGUGUAUCGUUGUUGUUGUCAUUAUUGCUGUCGUUGUUGCUGGAUAGAACAGAGGGAAAUCGAGAGAGGAGGGGAAGACAGAGAGGGGGAGAGAAAGAGACACCUGCAGACACGCUUCACCGUCUGUGAAGCAACUCCUUGCAGAUGGGGAGCCAGGGCUCCAACCGGGAUUCUUCUGAUGGCCCUUGCGCCUUGCGCACUGAACCCGCUGCCUCGCCACCGCCCGCCCCCCUGCAAGGUUUCCUUUUUAAAGGGACAGGGCAGUAAAAAGAAAAUAGGAGGGUACCAGGCAGUAGCGCAGCGGGUUAAGCGCAGGGAUCCCAGUUCAAGCCCCCGGCUCCCCACCUGCGGGGGGGGGGGGGGGGUGUCACUUCAUAAGUGGUGAAGCAGGUCUGCAGGUAUCCUUCCCCCUCUCUGUCUUCUCUCUCAACUUCUCUCUGUCCUGUCCAACAACAACAAAAUGAGAAAAAAAAUGGCUGCCGGGAUUCAUAGUAUAGCAGUGACCCUGGAGGCAAAUAUAUAUAUGACUUGACAAUCUUGUCGCCAGCCACUGAAGUGUCAGGCGACUUGUUUCCUGUCACCUGUUCCAAGUUGUCUGUGUCCUCCAGGUUCUGUUAGUUGAUAUCUUCUUGUGAAUCGCUGCAACCUCUGAAGAUUUGCUGUUUUCCUCUCAGUCUGGGCUGGGAUUUUCACUUUCAUCUACCUCUUGAUGAAAGGACUGUUGAAAGCAGAGGUAACAAAAAUCACUUAACAGAACCACCACUGAAGACCCCAUCUGCCUUCCAGCUCUCCCCCACCCCAGUUAUAGCAUGGAUUAUCCCACCCAUCAUCUGCUCGCUCCUGAUUGUCAUUAUCAUCGUCGUGGUCUGUAGGAAGAAUUCAGGUACCCUGGGGCCUUGAAGCAAACUGCCUCUGGCUAUUGGAAUGGAUGUUGACUGUGAAGGACAACUGUCCUUCUUCUGUGUCUCUAUGUCCUUCUCUCUGCUCCAGUUCUCUAUAGAAAUGAGGCGACUCACAUGGGGUUACCUCUUGCUGGGGUAAAGAGGUCUGUUUAGACAUCAUGGUACUACCUUGUGGUUAGGGAGAAAUCAAGUAUUUAUUCUGGAGGAGGUUCAGGGUCUGGAUCUAGAAGAACUGGGAUGGAUCAUUGUUAAGAUCUCAUCCAAGUUUCCACCAGACCUUCAAUGGAAAGUAUUUGUUGUUCCUGAGGAUAAAAUAAUUCACCCCAACAAUUCUCUUCAAGACAUAGCAGCUGUUCACGCUGAAGUUUCUUCUCGGGACACAACAGAAUGAUAUUAAUGGCUCAGCAUUUUGUGACAGAAAUCUGACACUUGACAGAGUCUGACUGACAAUCUAACACAUGAUCUCCAGUUCAGAGGUUAAUCUAAAACUGCUGGCAAGAUGGGACUGGCGGUUCCCAUUGCAGGGCUGGGGCUGGUUCUACUGCUGCUGGAAGCCAGGGAGACUCUGGCAGGUACUCACUUUCUCUGCCUCAACUUCACUGUCAGAUCUCUGCCCUUACCUGGACAGUCCUGGAGUGAAACCCAGUGCUCAGUGGACGGAAUGCUUUUCCUUUACUAUGACAGAGACAACAAGAAGGCCACACCUAUAGGUGUGCUGGGGGAGAAGGCCGAGAACACCAGAACAUGGAAAGAUUUGGCAAACAAUAUAGAACAAAUUGAACAAGACCUCAGGGUGAUCCUAUUUCUCUUCGAUUUCGAUAAAAGCCUGCGCAAAAUCCCCUACUCCCUGCAGGCCCAAAUGUGCUGUCAGGGAGAAGAAGGACUGUGCACUGGUGCAUCCUGGGAGUUCAGCGUCAAUGGACAGACAGCUCUUAUUGACACAAUGACCAUGAGAUGGAUGUUCGUUGAUAAGGGGCUCUUAAAGUUCAAGAGGCAGUUGGAUAACAACAAGAUCAUGUCAAACUAUUUCAGGAAGGUUUCAGUUCAAGACUGUAAUCAUUGGCUUAAGGGAUUCUUGGUGUACUGGGAGAAAAUACUGGAUUCCACAGCAUCAUCCAAGGCAGAAGAAACCAUCCAGCAUUAUCCAUCCACCUGGUUAAUCACCUGGAUCAUGCCAAUAAUCACACUUCUGUCCUACUUGACAUUUUGUUGAUAUGCACAGUGUGUGUGCUAAUGGCAUUAAAGUUUACUGUGGAUGAUGGGAA